CGGUGCGCCAGUGAGUUGUGUCUCGUGGUCGCUGGUGCUGAAGGGGCUAUCCUUUAUUUUUGUCCAUAACAAGCGGUGGAACGACUGACCGCACCGACCGGUCCGGCACUCGGAGGUCUUCGCUUUAGCCCUCAGUUCUCGGUUUAUAGUGCGUCAUUACUGCUCUGUACAGUGUUCUCAACUAGUUUGGUUUUAUUGUCUCGAGUUAGUUGGCUAUUGUUCGGUUUCAUUCAAUUUGUGAUGCUUUUCAUUUGUUAUCAGUGAACGUCAUUUGCCAUAAAUCUUAAAAAUUGUGAAAGCAAAGAAAACAAAUUGUCUUAAGCAGUUGUAUGCAUUAUUAUACCUUCUUUUAGGUUCAAGUGUUCUAUCAAUUUUACCUAUCACUGUGAGUUAUUAAAAUUGUUUUGUUGGGUGCCAAUGACCUAAAGAGAGUGAAAUGCAGUGAGUCGUUUGUUGUGAAGAAAUGCGGUGCUCCAGUUGUUUAGACGUGAAAAUGACCUUUGAUUUAUAACAAAGGUGUUAUAAACAGAAAGGAUAAGGAGUUGGUGGACGUGGACGUGCGGCAUGUGUAAACAGUGGGUGUAGUAGUGUAGUCUACAGUCGAGCUACUGCAGUUGUAGAGUGGGGCCAGUCGAUAACAUGUUGACCGAGGGAGAUAUAGGUGGGGGCCGGCGAAGGUCGACGUUUUACGUACCUCUCGCGGAGAACCGGACACCCAGUAGUGCGAUAGACAGGAAAAUGUUGCACACGUCUACGCCCAAGAAGCCGCCAGGGAGUGGACCCGUUACACCCGAGAAGACGGUCACAUCAGGAAAUGACAAGAAGAAAGCGGAGGAGGCAAGGACUCCGGCUAAGCCGAUGGCGACUCCUCAGCGGACCCCGAGGACCAGGAACCUGACGAAGAGCCCGCUCAAGUCCCAGACUCCACCGAAACCGUUGCUCACCGUGACCAAGACCAUAGAGGGACUCCCGAGUCCACAAGUUCCUACUCUGAUGCCGGUCCAGAAGACACCCUCCCUCUCCACGACCGAUAGAAUUAAGUCUCCACUGCUCAAAGUGUCUACAAAGUUGUUAUCCACGUCCGCUCAGGCUCUAGAAGUAAUAAAUAGGUCUCCGGCCAGCUCGCCCUCGAAGUCCCAGCACUCGCCACUGUCCCUCAUCAGGAGGUCUUCUUCGAGAAAGCUGACUCGGAGCUCCUCCUCCAUCCUGACCCGCAGCAGGACCGUCACCAGCAAGGAAAGUGUCCAGGACUCGUAUGUCGACCUGUCGACUGUGCCGGUGAUCAUGAUAGACCAGCUGCCUGACGAGAGACUUCUGUCCUCCGCCGCUGACAUGGCCCAGGAGAGACGUCACGUCAAGGUAGAGGACGAUGACACUGGAGUCCAUUCCGGUGAGUAUCAGCGUGUUAACUUAGCUGGGACUGCACUCAGCAUAUUUCAUUGUUCAGACACAUCAUACGAGAAGGCGUGCCGAAGAGGGAGUGCCCCUGCUACCCCUGUGCUGGGCAACAGGACUCUGGAGCUGACACCCUCUAGAAUAGUGAAUUUCUUCUCAAAGCGAUCAUUCAGGUCGAAUCCUCUCAAACGCACAAAGAGUGUUACCAAAUUGGAAAGGAAAAAGGUGGAUAGUGACGGGGUGCCAGUACCACCUAGACUACGCACAUCACGCUCGCACGAAUCCCUGCUGUCGGGCCAGGCUCAGAGUGUGAUGCAGACCCUGGACCUCGGCAGUGGAGGAGUCGAGAUCAAGCCCUUACACGCCUCAGUGCUGGGGCGAGAGCAUUGCUUCCAAGUGACCUUGCCGGCCGGAGUAGCUCGUUACUUCUCCUGCCGCACAGCCGAGGAACGGGACAAGUGGGUCCACAGUUUGCGCAAGUCGGUUCAGCCUGAUCAGGAUCACAUACGUCGUACGGACAAUUCUCUCAAGAUAUGGGUCUUAGAAGCUAAAGGAGUGGCAAAUAAGAAAAGAUAUUUUUGUGAAGUGUGUCUGGACAAGACUCUGUACGCAAAGACUUCAUGCAAGCAGAAGGGAGAGCUCUGUUUUUGGGGAGAACAUUUUGAGUUCCACAACCUGCCUCUAGUCAAUGUGAUAAACAUUAACCUUUACCGUGAAGCAGACCGCAAGAAGAAACGGGAGAAAAACAUGCUUGUUGGGAGCGUGAGUAUCCCGGUACAUGAUGUAACAUCCAGAUACCUGACAGAGAAAUGGUAUCCUGUGAUAACCGACAAAGGAGGUUUCAAGGAACCUCCAGCCUUGCGGAUAAAGUGUCGAUUCCAGUCAGUGGAGAUCUUGCCAGUGCAGGUCUACCAGGAGUUCUUACAGUACCUGAAAACAGACUACAAGUCAGUAUGUGAAGUGCUGGAGCCGGUGAUCGGUGUUAAGGCCAAAGAGGACAUCGCCACUGCUCUGGUACAUGUCAUGCAGCGGGAGGGCAUGGCUAAGGAGUUUCUGGCCGACAUAGUCAUGAUGGACAUUGAGCGAAUAGAAGAUGACCGUUUGACGUUCCGAGGGAACUCGUUGGCAACAAAGGCGAUGGAGGCAUACCUGAAGCUGACGGGGGAGAAGUAUUUGCACAGUACGCUGGGUGAACUGGUGACACGAGUUUUGGGUGCGGGUGUAGAUUGUGAGGUGGAUCCGCUGAAGGCAGGUGGUGGAGCAGCUCUCUCGCGCAACCAGGCUAAUCUCCGCAACGCAGUGGAGACAACCUGGCAACGCAUUCUUAACUCCUGCACCACCUUCCCAAUGGAAUUACGAGAAUGUUUUCAACUGUUUCGAGAGAGGUUGGUAAACUCGGGUCGGCAAGACAUCAGUGACAACCUCAUAUCAGCCUGCAUAUUCUUGCGUUUUCUGUGUCCUGCCAUCCUCUCCCCGAGUCUUUUCAACAUAACUCAUGAGUAUCCAAAUGAAAAGGCUGCAAGAAACUUGACACUAGUAGCAAAGACUUUACAGACAUUGGCAAACUUCACCAGGUUCCAAGGGAAAGAGAAUUUCAUGGAGUUUAUGAAUGACUUCUUGGAAAAAGAGGCUCAAUCAAUGAAAGAUUUCCUUCAUAACAUCUCUAGUGGGAUACCGAAAGAGGUAGGAUCACUGCCAACACAGUUUGAAGGAUACAUUGACCUGGGCAAACAACUCAGUGUACUUCACAUCCUGCUUGUGGAGUGUGUGGCCAAGGUGGUACCGAGUCGCAAGGCAGAAGUUGAGCGACUCCACCGUGUGUUAGAACGUGUCCGACUAGCUCUCACACAGCCACAGCCUCUCACUCGCCAGGUCAGCGCCCCCUCCUCGUCCGCUCCUCCUCCCGACCAUGACAUCAACAACUACCAGUCACUUCAGAGAAAUAUAUUCAGGUUCAACGACCCGACAGUAUGUGGUAAUAGCAAUAUUGCGCUGCAUUAUAACAACAACCUUCACACACACACCCACACCCACGUAGAAGGACGUUCACCUGGCGUUGCCCGUGCAGCCACUCUGCCACGCAAUGCAUACCUGCCCAGCGGCACCCAGCUGGUCACUCAACACCAUACGUACAAUUUGGAUGAGGGAACUACUUCCUUCAAUAGUCCUGCACGCCACCUACCACUUUCUAGAGGAAGUCUGUCUCGGAUGACUGGUGUGACUAUCAAUGGCAACAAUGGUCAGCCAGACGAGUUGUCCGAUGAUUGUGAGCUGGAACCACAUCACAAGGGCAGCCAGGUCUCCAUCUCGACUGUGAGCAACGUGGCAUCCUCGGGCUAUCAGAGUUUUGCUGCGUACAGUCAGAGCAGUAGUCCUGUAGACCUCAAUGCCAACAACAAUGGUGGGGUUGUGGCCCCACCUGCUCCUCCCCUUGCCUUCACCAACCCUGUAUAUCAGCAUCAUCGGCCACCACGCCGCCGCCAGCGCUCCUGCUCCUCAUCAUCAGAAGACAACCCUGCAGUGGGAGGAGCAUCCCCAGAUCCUUCCCCCACACCUCGUUUUCCCCCCGGCCCCAGAGUGCCUCGCACCAAUCCUCAAUGUGGCGGCCGACCCACCACCUGGCGCACCAACUCUGCUGUCAACACUUCUCAUCCACAAAAACAGACAUUGCGAGGAUAUCCCAGUAACCCUGCAAAUGGUCUUCAGUGUCGACGAAUGUCCCUGGAUUCAACACGAGAUCUGUCUGACUCAUCCGAUGAAGAUAGUUGCAGGGGUCGACGUUCAAAACCAAGGAAUCACCGUACUAUUGAACAGUACGAGCGAGAGAUCGAGCGACUACAGUCAAGUGUGGAGGUACUAAGGAUGAAACUGGAGCAGACACAACAUCAGCAACAGGACACAAGCUCACCCUCAGCACUUGAGCCCGAGCCUGACCAAACGGACAACAUGAAGGGCAUCAUUGACAGGUUGAUCUCUGUGGAAGAAGAACUACGACAUGAACAACGCAAAAUGUCCGAAACUCUUUCACACAAACAGAAAGUGAUCGAAGCCCAGGAACACCAGAUAGCAGCACUUGAUGCUGCCAACAACCGGUUGGUGGCUGCACUGAGUCAGCUCAAGGACCGGUACCAAGUCAAGACCAACAAUAACAAUAACAACAACAACAACUCUGCAGGAGCACAACGACUUCUAGCCGAGCUGGGGGAUCUCAAGAGCUCCUCUUGCUAGAGCGAUCUCUCAGGCCUAAGGUUUUAUACCAAAGAUUUUUCAAUACAUUGUGACAACAAAAUAUGUUAUUCAACUCAGAGCAAAAGCUUUCAAAGAAAUCAACUAAAAACGAUUUGGUACGCAUUAUAGCUAAAGUUAUUUUGGUAUAACUUUGUAUUUGACAGUAUUAAUGAAUGAAGGCUAAUUAAUUGUUUAGCCGUUAUAUAGUUCAUCAUUUUAAAAUAUUUUUAUUGUUAUGAAUCCACUUAAAACAGUUAUUAUAGUCUUAAGUUUUGACCUUAAUUUUACUCAAUGGACAUAAUAUUAUCUUCUAAUAUUUACAUCCAACAGGGUAUUUCUUGAAUUACACUGAAUUGAUAUGCAUUUUAUGUUACUUAAUUCUCAAGAAUAUUAUUAAUAAAUUAUUUUAUGUAUUAUGCAUUACCUGUUUUGACCAAUCAAGCUUGGAAAAUGUUGAGGAGGUAAAACCAUUACAAUCGUCUUUUAUACGAUUCUAUGAAAUGAAUUAAAUUUAAAAUUUACUGCUCUUGGAAGUUUCCUCCUUCUAAAAAUAGUAUAUUAUUAGUUUGAAAGAAAUAGGUCACCAUUCCCUUGUAAAAUAUCUCCCAAAUUAACUUGUGAUGCCUUCGAGUUAGAGCUUUACCCACUCUUGUAAACUGUGAGCUAUAUUUUACAAAAUAUCCAACAUUUUUACAAAAUAUCUAUAUUUGUAGAUUCCCGUGGUAUUUUGUUGUUACCUAUAUCCUGUAAGAAUUUGAUACAAUUCUAGUGUAAACUGUUUGUAUGUGUCAAAGACUCUGAUAUGAUAUGCCACAAGCAAUAAGAUCUGAUAUGUAACUCGUCUCAGUUGUGAUAGUAUCUUUGUAUAUUAACUGUAUUAUUAAGUUAAAUUUAUAGUACACUUAAACAUACACGCACACACAUAAUUGAAUAUUUUAAUUGAAAAUAUUACUCUCAAUUUAUUUAUGGCCAUUAUAAGUUACAUAAUACGAUACAGCACAGAACUUGAAUUAAAGGUAUAUAAUUCUGUAGAUAAUUUGUAUAAAUUGUUUAGUUAUUGGGAUGAAUGAAGGCUAUUUAGAACAACACUGGUCUUUACCACAUAAUUUUUUAGGAACAUAAAAUCAUAGAAUGAAAAAUAAAUUGCUACAUUAAAAAAUAUUCAGUAUCUUAAUUCAUAGUAAUAACAUGACAUAUAUCUGAAAAAAUUACAAGUAGUAGUAGUUUUAAAGUUUAUCUAAAUUCAAUUUAAAAAUAAUUAUAUAUGUAUAUUCCAUAUGAAAAUAAUAAUAUAGAAAAUUCAAAUAAGAUAAUUAAAAUCUAAAAACUGUGGUUAGGACGCUUUUUGGAAAAAUGUAUUAAUACAUCAGCAACGUAGUCCAAUUUAAGUAAUGAUAAUUACGAUAAUUAUUUUAAUUUGUCAAUAGACAUUUAAAUUUUAUCUACAGUCAAAAGCCUGAACUAGAUUAUUUAUUUCCUUUGUUCAUACUUUUACUACAUUAUUAAUUACCCCAUUUUUGUUUUAUUAUUGUUAGCUUUCUAAUGAAAAUAUGAAAAACACAAGUUUAAAAUGUGAACUGUAUGAAUUACUACAGGACACUGUGGUAUCAUCUUCGCCAUUCUCUAGUGGAAGUCUGUAGAUUUCAUCGAACUACAUAUAAUUCUGGACCUUGCUCUCAAAGAGACUGUAUAACCUUAUUGGUACGAUGUUCGCCAUCUUUACUUGUGGCAAGAAAGCUGGGCUAUAGGGUUGGCUCUACAACUGAUAUUGCUAUGCUGGUUCAUAUACUUGGUCAAUUAGAUUAUUUCUAUUGCGAUGACAUUCAAACAAAUUAAUUAAAAUUCUUCCAUUAAUAUAAUGAGCAAUAUUGUAGUUUCUGCUACAAGUAAAGAAAGCGUCUUGAAUUGUUUCUGUAAUUGAGGCAAUGUGCCAGAGUUUUAAAUUCUUUGAUGGCAGAUUCUCUUAGAAGAUAUUGUGAACUUGUACAUUAGAAUUUUGCUAUUUUUAAUGGACUACUACAUCUGAUUACUAAGUUCCCAUAGGGGAGGAAUGGAGUUAACAUCAGGUUUUUAAGUAAUUUGUGUAGAGCACAUUCUUAUUUAACAGAUAUAAAAUUGUACAAUAAAGUUGUUCAUUUAUGUUGUUUUAUUUUGUUUAUAUAGAAAGUAGAUUUUGUAUAUUUUGUAUUUCCUAGUAUUGUUAUGUAUUAUGUGUAUUUAAUUUUAUGUUUCGUUAUUUGUUUUGUAAUUAAUUUAUCUUGAGAUUAAUUAUGGUUAAGGACAAUAUAUUAUUCAGUGAAAGAUUGUCACUACAUGAUUCGGUCAUUGUAAUAACUUCAUUUAUAUAUCUGUUUAUAGGAUGUUAACAGUAUUUUUGUACAGUAAUGAAAAUGGCCAAAUGAAUUUUUUUGUAACCAAAGAUUAGUGUUGUGUUAGUUGUUUUAACAUUUGGAGCUGUAACUUUAAUUAAGUGUUGUUAAAUCCAAUUCUGAAUUAUUCGCCUAAAACAACUCGGUGUGAAAACCUAUCAGUUGAAUACAAUAUUUUGAGUUGAAUUGUUAUUCUAUAUCAAAGACUGAUAAAUAUGUUUUUGCAAGAUUAUUUGUAGAAAGGUCUAAGCUAAAAUUAUGCACAUUUUCAGUUAUAUUUUUACUCUUAUUAUUCAUUGUUUUAACCAUUGAGUCAGAUUUUUUAAGUGAUGCACAAUAUUUGAUUGCAUAGAGAGUUAGUUAGAUUUCUUCAACAGCCUUAUCUAAGGCUUACAAUAUAAUUCAUUGUAGUUUUAAUGUUUAGGCGCAGUGUAAAGUAGUUUGUUUGAUAGAUAUGCGUUUGUUUUAGUUACAACUCCAAAAGUCCUGAUGUAAACUCAACCAUUUUAUCUUUUAGUGAUUUGUGAAUAAGUUAAAUUAAAUAUGGUACAAAUAGAAGUAAA